GGAGAGUGCUACCACAACAGUGAGGAGCGAGCCGCACGCCUGCUUCUCCGCCGCUGUCCCCUGUGGGGAGAGGCCACCUGCCUUCAGCUUGCCAUGCGCGAUGCCCGUUCCUUCUUUGCCCAGGAUGGGGUGCAGUCUCUGCUGACGCAGAAGUGGUGGGGAGAGAUGGACAGCACCACACCCAUCUGGGCCCUGCUUCUCGGCUUCUUCUGCCCGCCCCUCAUCUACACCAGCCUCAUCACCUUCAGGAAGUCAGAGGAGGAGUCCACACAGAAGAACCCUGACUUGGACAUGGACAGCAGCAUCAAUGGAGCUGGUCCUGUCGGGCCUUCGGAGCCCUCAGCGAAGGUGGCCCUGGAGAGGCGACGGCGGCCGGGACGGGCCCGCUGCUGUGGCGGCUGCUCCAAGCGCUGGUCGCACUUCUGGGGCGCCCCAGUGACUGCCUUCCUGGGCAACGUGGUCAGUUACCUGCUAUUCCUGCUGCUGUUUGCGCGCGUGUUGCUGGUGGACUUCCAGCCCGCAGUCCAGCCCGCAGCGCCGGGUGGCUUCGAACUGCUGCUGUACUUCUGGGCUUUCACGCUGCUGUGCGAGGAACUGCGUCAGGGUCUGGGCGGCGGCUGGGGUAGCCUGGCCAGUGGGGGACCUGGGCCCGGCAAAGCUCCCCUGCGCCACCGCCUGCACCUCUACCUCUCAGACUCCUGGAACCAGUGUGACCUGGUGGCGCUCACCUGCUUCCUGCUAGGCGUUGGUUGCAGGCUGACCCCCGGGCUGUAUGACUUGGGACGCACGGUCCUCUGCCUUGACUUCAUGGUCUUCACGCUGCGGCUGCUGCACAUCUUCACAGUGAACAAGCAGCUGGGCCCCAAGAUUGUCAUCGUGAGCAAGAUGAUGAAGGACGUCUUCUUCUUCCUCUUCUUCCUCUGCGUAUGGCUUGUGGCUUAUGGGGUGGCCACAGAGGGGAUCCUGAGGCCCCAGGACCGGAAGCUAUCGAGUAUCCUGCGUCGCGUCUUCUACCGUCCCUAUCUGCAGAUCUUUGGGCAAAUUCCCCAGGAGGAGAUGGACGUGGUCCUCAUGGUUCCAAGUAACUGCUCUGAGGAGCAGGGCUCCUGGGCUUACCCGAAGGAGCACGACUCAGGCUUCUGUGUGUCCCAGUAUGCCAACUGGCUGGUGGUGUUGCUCCUCGUCGUCUUCCUGCUGGUGGCCAACAUCCUGCUGCUCAAUCUGCUCAUCGCCAUGUUCAGCUACACCUUCAGCAAAGUGCAAGACAACAGCGACCUCUACUGGAAAGCCCAACGCUACAGCCUCAUCCGGGAAUUCCACUCUCGGCCCGCGCUGGCCCCGCCCCUCAUCAUCAUCUCCCACGCGCGCCUCCUCAUCAGGUGGCUGCGCAAGUGUCACAGGGCUAACGUGCCCGCCUCCCCAGCCUUCGAGCACUUCCGUGUCUAUCUCACCAAGGAAGCAGAACGGAAGCUGCUGACCUGGGAGUCUGUACACAAAGAGAACUUCUUACUGGCACAGGCUCGCGACAAGCGGGACAGUGACUCGGAGCGCCUGAAACGCACAUCCCAGAAGGUGGACACCGCCCUGAAGCAGCUGGGGCAGAUGAGAGAGUACGAGCGGCGUCUGAGGGGGCUGGAGAGAGAGGUCCAACAGUGUACCCGCGUCCUGAGUUGGGUGGCUGAGGCCCUUAGCAGCUCUGCCUUGCUGCCUCCAGGGGGGCCGCCCCCUCCAAGCCCACCUGGGUCCAAAGACUGAGUGUUCCUGGUGGAUUUCUAGGUAUCUGCAUCUGGAGGGUUCAUUCCGAGAGCUGGGCCCGGCCUGCUUCAACCUACACAGUGGGCCGCCUUAUCCUCACCGUGGCCCCCAAGCUCACAAUGUCGCCAUAGGCCUGGCUCCUCCCAGAGGCAGCCCCGCCUUGGGUGGAUCAAACUCGGAGCUGGCAACACUGGACCCUGCCACACGCAGAGGAGGCCAGAGGGUCCUGGGGUUACAGGGACCACAGACCCCAUUCACAGCUUCCCCACAAUGGGGAAAAUAAAGCCGUUUGACAGGAA